AGGGACAACUCAUUCGUCGUUGGAUGUUGGUAGUCCAACGACGAAUGAGUUGUCCCUAGCAACCAUCUGGAUCAGUAAAAAAAGCUGCUCUAAAAGCCGCAAAUGAUCGAGAGAAUAAGAUAAAACACAAAGGGCGGUAUUGUAAUGAGGGCCACUGCUGGAAAACGAGAUAAUUCAUAUUCUAAUAUCCCUGCAGCUCUGUGCCUCUGUGUCCACCUUUGCUUUCACUCAUGUGGACACUGAGACACAGCUUUGUGAGAUGUGAUCCUUCUGAGAGCAGCAAAAAGCUACUCCUCUAAACUUUGUCCAGGAGGCCCAUGAAGGGCUUUGCACCAAAUGUUUUUCAACCUCAGGAGGAAGUGAGCCGGAAAAGUUUUGUUUUAUAAAUGAAAUCCCCCCCCUCCCCCAAAUAAUAAUUACUGUAUCAUCGAGGUAAACAGUUGCCACGUGCACAUCUCCUAAUAAAUAACAAAAAACGGAAGAUGUGUGUAUGUGUGUGCGGGGGGUGUGUUAACUGCAGAAUCAAUAUUGAGUAAGAAGAAAGUUGAUCUUAGAACCAAUAUUUGACGCCCCUCCCUCUCCCUCCCACCUUCCCCCCCCUAACGGCACUUUUGCUUUGCACUUCACGCUCCCAGGGCGCGAUGGGAGCCUCUGCCACAGCAGACUGAAGGGAGGGAGGCACUUUCUCUCUCCGCGCUGUGUGUGACAAGUCGUCCGCGCGGAACCUCGCGCCGUUUAACCUGUGGUCGCGUUUAAAAGCAAACGUUACCGGGACGAGCGCAGCGGGUUUUCAGGGGAUAUCCGGGGGCGCCUUCAUUAUGUGAUUCCUCCCCGAGGAAACGGGACGGGUUAUUCGGACUGUCCGGUCCUCGUUCGGAACUCCGGGGGAAGUUUGCAUGGCACAGAGCCGCUCAAACGACGACUUUAGAGAGCAAGAAUGAAAAUAAGAUGUCCCCACUCCACACAUAGAUUGAGACACAGGUGCUUCCUGUUUUCUCUGUCUCUGCUGGCGGUCUGUCUGCUCAAGCUGGUCCACGUCAAAGUGACGGUGAGGGAUGGCAUCUACAUCGAGCCCUACGGGAUCACGACCGGCCUCUCCGGAAGCCUGAAGCGCGGCUACGACAUCAACUGCACCGCCGUCUACGAGCUAGACCCCGUGGAGAUAGGCAAGACGCUCGCCAUCAAACGGAAGGUCGUGGUUGACGUGGACGACGAUAGCACAGUGACCUUGACCUCGAACUGCCAGACCUUCAUCAGAGCGAGGGGCUACGAUGGGGUCCCGGUGUCGGAGGCGGAGCGGGGCUUCCCGUUGGCUUACUCGCUGGUGGUGCACAAGAAUGCACCCAUGGUGGAGCGCAUCCUCCGCGCCAUCUACGCGCCGCACAACGUCUACUGCAUCCACUACGAUCAGAAGUCCUCUCUGGCGUUCAUAAAAGCUGUUAAGAACCUGGCCCGCUGUGCUCCCAAUGUGUUCAUCGCCUCGAAAUUGGAGUCGGUGGAGUACGCGCACAUCAGCAGGCUUAACGCCGACCUGAACUGCCUCUCUGACUUGCUGAGGUCGGAGGUCAAGUGGAGGUAUGUCAUCAACCUGUGUGGCCAGGACUUCCCUCUCAAGUCCAACGACGAACUGGUCGCAGAGCUGAAGCAGCUGAAUGGCAGCAACAUGCUGGAGUCCAGCCGGCCCAGCAAGCUCAAGAUGCAGCGCUUCGGCUUCCGGCACGAGCUAAGGAACGUGCCUUACGAGUACCGCCGCAUCCCCGUGAAGACGGCGGCGCUCAAAGACGCCCCGCCGCAUGCCAUCGAGAUGUUCAUCGGGAGCGCUUAUUUCGUGCUGUCGCGCAAUUUCGUCGAUCACAUCAGCAGCAGCCAGGUGGCGAAGGACUUUCUGGCGUGGUCCGCCGACACGUACUCGCCGGACGAACACUUCUGGGCCACCCUCGUCAGGGUCCCCGGGGUGCCCGGACACAUCCCCAGGUCAGAGGCCGACGUCACAGAUCUGAAGAGCAAGACGCGACUCGUCAAGUGGAACUAUUUAGAGGGGAACCUUUACCCGGCCUGCACGGGCGCACACAUGCGGAGCGUCUGCAUCUACGGAGCGGCCGAGCUCCGCUGGCUACUCAACUACGGCCACUGGUUCGCCAACAAAUUUGACCCCAAAGUGGACCCGGUCCUGAUCAAGUGUUUGGAGGAGAAGCUAAUGGAAAAAAGAAAGUACGUGCAAACAUGAAAGGGAAGAGGGAAGGAGGAGUGGUUCCAGUAUUUAUUAGGUUGUUUCUCAAAGCUGCCAAAGGACAUGAAAGAACGUCGAGUCACUCAUUGUACUGAAGCACAAUUGUUGAGAUGCAGGCGCUGUACUGUUUUCAUUUCAUCAAGCCUCCACUACCUAUUCAGCCCUGUCGCCAGGAAAACAUGGUGCCAUUGUACCUUUCUAUAAAAACACGGAUACGGAGUAUAUGGAGCGACCGUUUUUUUUAGCGUUACAAGACUUAACACAAGUCUUUCCACCCAGGAGACCGCUGCUCAUGUCCUGUGUGAAACCAAAAGGUAAACGUUGGAUUUACGCUUGUUGCAUAACAUUACGUAAGAAGGUCCACGAUGGUCUGUUGCUUUUCCCUUACACUAGUUAUGUUAUGUUAUUAAUUGACCGUGAUCUCUGGCUAAUCUUCAUAGUGCUGUCAAUUGAUUAUGAUUGAUCUAAAUUAUUUAUUAUCCUCUUAAAUUUUUUUUUUGGAUCAGUUCAUUUUAUUUUGACAAACUGUACUGUAGGCUGUCUUUCGAAAAAUACAGCCCGAAACGUGAAAUUAUUUUUGUUUUCCGUCUCCUGUGGGGAAAAUAUUUGGGCGCAAGAUUAAAAGUUAAUGGUGCGAAUUGUCAGGUGCCAUUAAACUAUUGCAGAAGACUAUGACCGAUGACAAUGAACACUAUCCCUGAAAUAAAAAAGAAAUAGAUGUUGUAGCAUUAAUAGUAUUUUUCAACAAGGCAGCAUAAAUCACCAUAACACGUCGACUCCCCACGCACAGAUGAACCGCAUCGUAGCAAUCUCCCCUGCUGGCGGUCAUAGAUAUGGCUGAAAAUCGGUAACGCUUUCUAGCUUUUUAACGCUUCAGAAAAAUGUCUUCAGUUCGCAGGCAGAUGACUUCAUAGCUUUAUGAUGGCCUAAACUCGACCAAUCGUUUCACACCGUCAAUCAUACAAAGCCGAUAUGAGGUUUUCGUGAAACAAGUUUUUGGUCCAGAAACGUUGAUAUUCAAAUCGUUAUGGUUUGCAGCAAAUGGGUAAUAUAAACCGAUUUUUCCUGAGGACUGGGCUAGUAUUUUUCAUUUCGUUGGCCUCUCCUACCAAUUUCAUUGUGAAAUACUGAACACUUCUAAUUACUUUAGAUUAAAUCACUGAUGCUAUACGAAGAGGCACCGCCUCAAUAAUCCCACUGAUUUAACUUUUACUCUAAUGGUACAUUUGGCUUAUAUUUCUACAUAUCGAUUUCUAGUCUUUUAAUGAAUUCUAUUUACAAUACGAUACUGCUAAUGGAUUCAAAUAGUUGAAUUAGCAAGAAAAAGUGCCUUUGUCAACAAAAUCUGUUUAUUUGAGGGAAGCGCCAUCCAAAAAGCCAGCUGCUACUUGAGAUCCCAUGACUGCUCUUCUAUUGAGCAGCAAAUACCAAAGACUCAUGCUGUGCUCAUGCAUUCUGCAAAAUGAAAUGCUCCACCAUGUUGUUUAUUUUGUCAUAAAGAUAGCAACUGAUGUUUGAGAAAAAAGAACUUCAGAUCGAUAUUAAAAAGCUUGUGAUUGAU